GAGCUUAUAGGGUGUUAUGCUGAUCUGGCACCCAGGCCUGGAAGGCCGAAACUGCGUCCCGUAACAAUGUCACCUUCAAGUUCAACAACGAUGUACUACGCGUGGUUACCCGCAGUGGGAAGUCUGAGGCGGGUGCUGUUCAGAUCGAGUACAAGGUCGCCAGCGAGGGUAUGGAGACAGAACCACAGACAGCAUGUUUCGACCAGAUCAUCUUAGCUAUCGACGCCGACUCUUGCCUCAAGCUCCUCGGAAAGGGCUCGACGUUUAUGGAGAGACGAGUGCUGGGGAAUGUGAAAUACCUCUAUGACGUCACAAUUACCCACAACGAUUUGGCAUACAUGAGAAAGGUACGUGUUGGCUAGGCUCCCUCCUACGUAUAUCUGAUGUGCUUGC